GCUCAAGGCCAGGUUGGAUGGGGUAGGAGUAACCUGGUCUCCUGUGAGUGGCAGGGGGUGGACAUGGGUGAUCUUAGGGUCCUUUCCAACUCAAACUAUUCUGUGAUUCAACCUGAACCCUGAGCUUGAUUUUGUGUGUGGGACAUGAAAUGCAUUUAAAAAAGCCCCACUUGCUCCAAAGCUGUACCUGGGCUGAACAUGAAGCAGACACAGAGUGCUGCUGAAUCCAUCUGGAGGGUGAUCCAGUGCACCCCAAAAGACUCCUUUUGGUUUCAGUAGCUGUAAGAGCUAUUAUCAGGCUAUCUUGAGUGGGAAAUGUGAUUAACAGAGCUUUAACGAGCAAUCUAUCACUUUCCUUUCUACCCAAAGCCUCUUCCUUCUCCACCCACAUCCUGAUGAUGUGCCAGCUGACAUACAUGUGCUCAUGGAAAAGGAGGAUGAGAUAAAAGCCAUAUGGAGCAUGGAGCAAGUCAGUGACAUGGGGUCCAACUCACCAGUGUAAUUAUACAUGCUCCAGUAUGAUUUCCCAGUAAUUAUUCUGGAAUAAACCCCUGCCUAUUUCUGUAAGAGCUUAUGUCACUUGGAAAGCUGUUAUAAAUUCAGCUGGAAAAAGGGACCCUUAUUCUGGGAUAAGUGUGGUUAGUGGUUAGCUGGGAAUAGGGCUAUUCCUGGUGCUGCCAUCGACCUUCCUGGUGACGCUGGUUAGGUUAGGUCACCUCACCUCAGUGUGUGUCACCUUCUGCUGCAGACUGGGAAUUACAAACAAGGGCACUUUGGGAAGCUCUGUGACACUGGAAAAAAGGUGUCAGAGGUGACAGGCAGACACUGAGUGGGACUUGGAGCUUUUCUAUCCACGUUGGAGGCAUCUUGAUAAAACUGGGCUUUGAGGGAAAUGAAGGCUGGAGCCAGGAGCUGGUGAUGGGGACUGGUGGCGUCAGUCAGGUCCAGGCUGUUGGUGUGUUACAGACAAUACUGGUUUCCUCUCUGUUUUUAAAGUAGUCUAUUUUGUUCUGAGUUCUAGACCACAGCCUCACUAGGGCAUCAAAAUGUCUCUGCUGCUGUCUUCUUGUGCCAGCUCCUAGUGAGCAGUGUCAGGAUAUGGUACCAGCACUCACCACCCCAACUGCUGGGUGCUCUGGGUGCCACAGAGAGGUCAGGUCCUGCCUGGGGCUGGCAGUGUUGUGCCUCUGUGAACCAGAGAGGAAGGGAAAUCUCCUGAUUUGCAGCAUUGUGGCCUCUUUCUUCCAGUAUCCUGCCUGAUUCACUUGCUGCUUCUGCAAGCCCUUAGGUCUUUUAAGGGAGUUUUGCUUUUGUCUGUUACUUCUCAGCAGCUUCUUGUGCUUAGGAACCUCUUUUGGCUCCAGCAUCAUGCUGGAUGCUGGUCAGAGAUGAAGAUGCAGCUCACUCACAGCAUAGGGCAUGAAAUUCAUGCUAGAGAUGGGGAGGUGUAGUUCCAGUUUCCUUUAGUUUGCACAGAUAGCACAGGGGGCUCACAAGACACAGCUUGUCAGCUUUGCCAAAGCAGGAGCUGCCCGUGGAGCAGAUGGACCAAGGUGCUGAUGGCGAGAGGUGAAGGGAGAGUCUGUCCUGGUGCAUUCCCACGUGCUCCGUCCCGGCGUGAGCACUGGAGCAGGACUCAUGCUGCUCCUCUUGGGCUUGAGCCAAGGAGGCAGAGGGGAAAAAGCUCUUUACAGCCCAUUAGACCUCCCCAGAGCCGCUCAGCCCCUCUCCUAAUAAAAGUGGUGGUGGAAGCCACAGAAACAUUACGGCUGCUCUGCAGAAGAUGCUGCUCUGCAGAAGAUGCCAACCCACCGCUCCAUGUGCCUCCCCAGUGGAGCUGCUGACCCUCUGGGAACACGAUAACACAGGGCCAGUCCCCUGUCUGUCCUGAGCUCCCCCAGCAAAACAUACAUGGGAGAGUUCCAAGUGCAAAUGUGUGUGUGCUAAUGGGAAAUGAAUUGCCUCUUGCCCCGAAGCUUUGCAGCUUGAGGAAAACAAGGCCGGGGCUAGGAAUGACCUCAUAUUGCCUCCCAGGGAAUGUUUUGCCAGAUGAAGGGGGGAGAAGCAGCAUCAGGACUGCACAAUGUAUGUAUCUCUCUCCCUGUGUAAACAUCUCUGUAGCUGCAGAAACCUCUGAAAGCCCUGACUGGGAGGAGAAGAGCUGCUUUGAUCUGGGGAUGUGGUUGUUGUUUUCCAAGUGCAGAAUCCGUUCUUUUUUUAAUUUUCCUGCAAAUUAAAAAAAUGCCUGUUGUGAUUUUCUGCUUUCAUUCCUUGGCGAAGGAGCAGGAGCUGGGUGCAGUAAAUCCUCAUUACUCCCCAUGUAACCAUCCCGGCAUGGUUGACAAUCCCUCGCUGGCUCUUCAGCGCCGCAGCACAAUGGACCGAAACUUCUGGCCCUACAUGAAGCCAAAGCAAAUGGAUUUUGCCCAGAAGUGCACGACGGGGAGUGGAGGCAGUGGGAAGGAGAGUCCUGUCGCCUCCUGCCCUGCCAGAAACACACAUAGAGACACACACGUGUGUGCGCACAAGGCUUGGGAUGCAGGGGUUGUCCCAUUGCCUUUGAAGGGCUCCAGAGAGGGCUCCUGGGAAUGGAUCCGUGUGACCCUGUGGCAGCAGGAGCUGGUGCGGAGCCAUCGGGGCUGAAGCACUGGGUUGUCUUGCAGGAGGUUCCAGUGUGAUUCAUGGCUCUCCCUCCAGACGCCCUGUGUGAUCCUGGGAAUCUCCAUCUGCACUCUGGAUGUCCCUGGGCUCGGAGAGGAACUGUGGCAGCCCUGGGAGCUCCAUCAGCCCUUCUGCUUCAACCAGGCCUCAAGCUUUUGGAAGACAACAAGAUGUCGAUGAGUGCGUGGAGGGCACUGACAACUGCCACAUCGAUGCCAUCUGCCAGAACACCCCCAAGUCCUACAAGUGCAUCUGCAAAUCUGGCUACACCGGCGAUGGGAAGCACUGCAAAGACGUUGAUGAGUGUGAGCGGGAGGAUAACGCCGGCUGUGUCCACGAGUGCGUGAACAUCCCUGGGAACUACCGCUGUACCUGCUACGACGGCUUCCGCCUGGCUCAUGAUGGACACAACUGCUUAGACCUGGAUGAGUGCUCAGAGGGCAACGGCGGCUGCCAGCAGACCUGUGUCAACAUGAUGGGCAGCUACGAGUGCUUCUGCCGGGAGGGCUUCUUCCUCAGUGACAACCAGCACACGUGCAUCCAGCGCCCUGAAGAAGGAAUGAACUGCAUGAACAAGAACCACGGCUGUGCCCACAUCUGCCGGGAGACCCCCAAAGGGGGCAUCGCCUGCGAGUGCCGCCCCGGCUUCGAGCUCACCAAGAACCAGCGUGACUGCAAACUGACCUGUAACUACGGGAAUGGGGGCUGCCAGCACACGUGCGACGACACCGACCAGGGGCCCAAGUGUGGCUGCCACGUCAAGUUUCUGCUGCACUCCGACGGGGUGACGUGCAUAGGGGAGAGACACUUCCAGCAACACGUUAUCCUUGAGACGUUUUCUAAUGAGACGUGUGCUGUGAACAACGGGGGCUGUGACAGCAAGUGCCACGAUGCAGCGACCGGAGUGCACUGCAGCUGCCCCAUGGGCUUCAUGCUCCAGCCAGACAGGAAGACGUGCAAAGACAUCGACGAGUGCCGGCUCAACAACGGUGGCUGUGACCACAUCUGCAGGAACACAGUUGGCAGCUUCGAAUGCAGCUGCAAGAAGGGCUACAAACUGCUCAUCAACGAGAGGAACUGCCAAGACAUUGACGAGUGCUCCUUCGACCGGACCUGUGAUCACCUCUGCAUCAACACCCCAGGCAGCUUCCAGUGCCUCUGCAACAAGGGUUACACACUCUAUGGACUCACCCACUGCGGAGAUGUUGAUGAAUGCAGCAUCAACCGGGGGGGCUGCAAGUUUGGCUGCAUCAACACCCCCGGCAGUUACCAGUGUACCUGUCCUGCUGGCUGCAAGCUGCACUGGAACAAGAAGGACUGUAUUGCUGGUGCGUGUCCCUCAGAGCUGGUGAAAUGCCUGCCAGGUUCGGUGCCACCUCGAGCCACUCUGAGCUGCAACAAGACAGGCAAGAAGGACAGUUGUGCCCUCACCUGCACCUCCAAGGCACGCUUCCUGCCAGAGUCCGACAGCAGCUACACAGUGAGCUGUGGGACCCCCGUCCUGCGGCAGGGGGGACAGCAGAGACCCACCAACAGCAGCCAGUGCCUCGAGACACUCGCUGCACCAAUCAAGCAGAAGGCUUCAUUCAAGAUCAAGGAUGCCAAGUGCCACCUGCACCCACGGGCCAAGGGCAAGCAAGACGAGGUUGGGAAGGCCGGGGCACAAGUUGGGUCGGCACCUUGCUCCGACUGCCAGGUUGCCUUUGUCAACCUCAAGUGUGACUCGUCCAAGAAGGGGAAGGGGCGCCGGGCUCGCAACUCCUCCAACAAGGAGGUGACGCGCAUCACGUUGGAGUUCGAGGCCGAGAUCAAGCCAGAGGAGAUCACAGCCAGCUGCAACCUGCACUGCCUGCGGCAGAGGGUGGAGAAAAAGCUGAAAUCAGCCAUCAAAGCCCUGAAGAAAUCCAUCAACCAGGAGCGGUUCCUGCUCCGCUUCGCAGGGAUGGAGUACGAGGUGGCGCGGAAGCUGAGCAUGGCCCCAGAGCGGCAGGAGAGCUGCGGGCCCGGCCAGCAGCGCCUGGCUGGCAAGUGUGUUAGCUGCUCGCAGGGAACCUAUUACCAUGGCCAGACCGAGCAGUGUGUCCCCUGUCCCCCCGGCACCUACCAGGAGAAGGAAGGGCAGCUCUCCUGCGACCUGUGUCCCCGUGGGGAUGCUUUUGGACCAGUGGGAGCCACCAACAUCACCGGCUGCACAGGUCAGUGUCCCCCUGGCCAGCACUCGGCUGACGGCUUCAAGCCCUGCCAGCCGUGUCCCCGGGGGUCCUACCAGCCCGAGGUGGGGCGGGCGCUCUGCUUCCCCUGCGGUGGGGGGCUGACCACGCGCCACGAGGGAGCCCUCUCCUUCCAGGACUGCGACACCAAGGUGCAGUGCUCUCCUGGGCACUACUACAACACCAGUGUCCACCGCUGCAUCCGCUGUGCCGUGGGCACCUACCAGCCCGACUUCAGGCAGAACUACUGCAUCUCCUGUCCUGGCAACACCACCACUGACUUUGACGGCUCCACCUCUGUGUCUCAGUGCAAAAACCGGCAGUGUGGGGGGGAGCUGGGAGAAUACACAGGCUACAUCGAGUCCCCCAACUACCCGGGCAAUUACCCUGCCAACAUCGAGUGCACCUGGAACAUCAACCCCCCCCCCAAGCGCAAGAUCCUCAUCGUGGUGCCCGAGAUCUUCCUCCCCUCCGAGGAUGAGUGUGGCGACGUCCUCGUCAUGCGGAAAAACUCCUCCCCAUCCUCCAUCACCACCUAUGAGACGUGCCAGACCUAUGAGAGGCCCAUUGCCUUCACUGCCCGCUCUCGGAAACUCUGGAUCAACUUCAAAACCAGUGAAGCCAACAGCGCCCGAGGCUUCCAGAUCCCCUACGUCACCUACGAUGAGGACUACGAGCAGCUGGUGGAGGACAUCGUGCGGGAUGGUAGGCUCUACGCCUCCGAAAACCACCAGGAGAUCCUCAAGGACAAGAAGCUCAUCAAAGCUUUCUUCGAUGUUCUGGCACAUCCCCAGAACUACUUCAAGUACACGGAGAAACACAAGGAGAUGCUGCCCCGCUCCUUCAUCAAGCUCCUCCGCUCCAAAGUCUCCAGCUUCCUCCGGCCUUACAAAUAGCCUCCUGCAGCCCUGCAGCCCCCGGGCUGCCCUGCAGCCAAGGAAACACUCUUCUCCCUCCUUCUCCUUUCUGGUUUUCUCCUUCCUCCGCUCGGCUCCAGCAGGACCAGCACCUCUCACCCUGCAGACGCCCCACGUGUUCUCCACCGCUCCCCACAGAGCUGUGUCCCCAGCCAGGGGAGGAUGCUCCUGUCUCAUCCAGCCACCGGUGAAGCCACUUCUCUCUGUGGAAGCAGCUUCGUUAUAGGAAGCCGAAGCACCAGUCCUGUCGUCAUCCUCUGUCCUCCCUUUGGUUUCCUUUGCGACAGGUCUGUCCUUGUUCUCUGGUGCCACGUCAGAGGGGUCAUCGUGCUUCCAUCCCACAGGGCUGGCACCAGCUGCAGCUCCAACAAGCCCUUUAGGAGGAGUGCCAGAAGGUAACGGUGUGUCUAUGGCAGCAGCCGGGGCAGGGGCAUCGGCAUCACUGUGCAGAGAUCGGGGGAGAUGCAUUUGCAUGACUUGAGUCAAAAGCAGAUGUAAGGGGAGCUGAGCAACGGCAGCCGUGGUGCUGCAGGGGCCGUGCUGCCCGAGAGCCGCGCUGGCGCUGGGAGGGGAGCGCAGCCAAGCCACGUUCCCGGAGAACAAUGUCUGGCUGCACGGGAGAAAACAGGGAGCGAAGGAGAAGGACUCUCAGCCGGGUUAGGUUUUGGUUCCCCCCCACCCGAGACACUUGUGCCAAAAACCCAGACUUCCUUCCGAGCUCUGCCAAAGAGUAACUCAGAACAAGCAAGCUUUGUGAAGAGCAGGAGUACGUUUGUGCACUAGGAUCUCCUCCUUUCUACCUUCUUCAUAUGUAUUAAGUGCAAUCAUUUGAGUCUUCUUUAUAUUAUUUAGAGGGAAGUUGUGUUUUUUUCUACUAGAAAUGACGAUAUUUAUACCUGAGGAAUGAGAAUGUGCGUUUGUAACAGAAACCAAACGUCCGCCCAAAGCAAACCCAGCCCUGGGCUGCUGCUCACUGGUGGGAUGGUGGUUUUGGGCCUUGAAUCCUUUUCUGCCGUGUUUGUCCCCCAUAAAACCCCCAGGUCAGGGGGAAGAUGGUGCCACACUGCUCAGCAUGAGAUGGGGUGAGGUUUGCAGGGGUUUGAGGUGUCUGCAUCCAUCAAUGGCAGAGGUGAGGUUGCUUUUGGGCUGAGCCUCUGUGGUUUGUGGGGUUUUCAAGCCCUGUUGUAAGGAGAAUGCAAAACUUGGCCCCAAAACCUGGAGCCAGGGGGAGCAGGGGCAGGUCCUGAGUCCAGGGCUGGGGUCACAGUGGACAAGAGGGGAGCUGCCCCUCUGCUCAGCCCCAAAACCUCUGUCCAGGUGUGGUGAUCCCUGCAGCAAGAACCAUCCCGCCUGCCUCUGGAAAGCUUUGUGCUUCCAAGCCCCUUCAGGUGCAUGUCGCUCCAUCCAUCCACACAUGCUUAUCGCACUGGGAUGCUGCAGGAGCUCUUCGCCAGGGCACGUGGUGCAGAUCCCAUAGGAAACCCCAUCCUGCCACCCUGCUUCCAUUGCCACUUGAAUUCCCCUUUGGCUGGGGACCACGGCCAGAUGGAUGUCACUUUUGGGUUUGUUCUGCUGGCAUCUUCACACGGCCACACAGGACCCAGGGACCAGUGAACGCUACCGCUGAUCAUCCAUCCUCUUCCUCCCCAAACCUUCCUCCCUUUCCAGUCUUGGCUGUCACCUCCCAUCACCUUCAUCCCCAUCUUCAUUCUCUCAAAGACCUGGAGCUAAAUGUGGUCGACUUGCCUACAGCUUUCCUGUUGGCAGGUCCCAUCCUUGUCCUUGCUUGUGUCUCACUGUCGCUUUGACCACAGCUGGGAUGAGCCCUGCUCUUAAUGCGCCAGUUAUUGCUCCCAACAUCCCACCGGGUCUGUCCUUGCCAAAAUCCAGCUGCUCUCCUGUGUUUCCCUUCCUCAAUCUCUGCUGUUCCAAGAGCUUCUCCUGGGCUCUAUGAGGAGCUGCAGCCUGGCAAAGGGGGCUGAGGUUUGUCCCUACGAUGCUGCGGCUGGAAUAGUCUAUCCUGAUCAAUCCCAGCUGCGGAUCUCCCCUCCUGCUGCCCAGCUCCCAGCACGUUUGGAAGCUCGACAUCUGUGGGCUGAGCUGUUUGUCACUGGGUUGGUGUCUGGAAGCAGCUGCUUUGAUGCACAAAGGCUGUUGUAGGGAUUUGGGGGGGGGGUUAUUGCUGUGGGGCAGGGGCAGUGAAGCGGUGACUGUUGGAAGGGUCUUUCCUAUGUGGAACAGCAAAACUAAAACCAACUCGGGGACGGUGAAGCCGCUGUGAUGGCCCCAGUGUGAUGUAGCCACACACUGGAGCUUAGGAACUCAUUGUGGCUGAUCAGCAGGGUCACCGUCCCAGAGCCUCGGGGUACCCAGGGUGUCACUGCACCACCCACCUCUAACUCGGUUUUGGAAGGGUGAGAUGGGAGCAUCUGUGACGGCCAAAGGCACCUGGGGACAUCUCCUUACCCAAAUACCCCAAAUAACCCCCCCGAGGAGUGCACGGGGCCACCUGCAGCACCCGUCUGCAGCACAGCCCUUCUCCUCACCCAUAAGCAGGGCUCAGAAAGGGUUUGGAAGGCUGAGAACUGCGUCAGCAGCCACCUCUGGGCUGUGUUGAAUGUCUCGCUGUGGUGAACACACGGGAGGGUUGUUGGCUUCUUCGUUUUCAUGUUGGAAUAUUUAUAUCUGCCUUUUGCAGCGGGCCAUGACUUACCAUCUCCAGCAGGCAGGAUUAAAGUGAUGAGACAGAUGUAGUUCAUGAAGUUAUUUGCACUUGAUUGAAAGAAAAGAAAAUGUAUCUGAACUUU